GGAAGCAGCCGGAAGAUGAAAGCUAUUUGGGCACUUGUUGCCCUACUGGUGGUGAUCGGAGCUGUACAUGCCCAAUCCGAUCUCUGCGACGAUCGUCCGAAUUUUAGUUUUGUGAAAAAUGAAUUCUACUGCUAUCGCUACUUCAUGUGCAUCUACGGAUCUGCGUAUCCGAUGCGAUGCAGUGGCGAGUUUUGGUUCGAUGAAGAAUUGCAGAUUUGUCAAGAUCCUUCGGAAGUGACGUGUGAGGUGGACGGAGUCCCACCGACUCCUGCACCGACGCCGGGAAUCUGCAAUGGAGCGGACAACGGUGAACUGGUACUGCAUCCGUACUUCUGCAAUACAUAUUAUGUCUGCUUCGCUGAAGUUGGCGUUCCCGUGGUUUGUCCGUCCGGGCUGUGGUUUGACGAGGAGCGUCAGAUGUGCGCGGAUGCACUGGACGUGAGUUGUCCUCAUGGACCAACCGGUGCUGCUAGAUGUUAUAUGGAGGAAGAUUUUGCCUUGGUUCCGAACGAACACUUCUGCUACCGGUUCUACCAGUGUGUCAAUGGCUUCCCAUACCCGAUGAUCUGCCCGGACAACAAGUGGUUCGAUCCCAUCAGAGAUGUUUGCGACGAUCCGGCCAACGUUGAGUGUACUCUCGAGCCAGGACAGCCCAUCGUACCUCCGACGCCGAACAUUUGUGACGAAAGCGCCAAUAACCGCCUCACUCCGAAUCCAACAGCCUGUAACAAGUACUAUGUGUGCGUCAAUGAAAUUGGAUGGUCCAAGAUCUGUCCGCUUAACAUGUGGUUUGACGAAGAGGGUCAAACAUGUGCACCUGCUGGUACCGUGGACUGUCCUUUGGGACCACCGAUUCCACCGGAGACUACGACCACUCCCUUCAGCCGCUGCGACGACGUUGUGAAUCUUCACUUCGUCCGCAACGAAGACUACUGCUAUCGGUACUACCAAUGCCGUAACGGCGUACCAUUCCCGUUGAUCUGCCCUCGUGAUCAAUGGUUCUCUGAGGAAAUGCAGCGCUGCGUCGAUCAGGACAGCAUUGAAUGUGAGAUCGAUCAUGCUCCACCGCCGGUAUCCCCUACUCCAGGAAUCUGCGGCGACACCACAGAUGGUCAAUUAGUCUUGCAUCCACUGCAUUGCAAUCAGUUCUACCUUUGCGUUGGCCAAAUCGGUAUCCCAACCACCUGUCCUCUGGGUCUAUGGUUCGAUGAAUAUAGCCAAUCUUGCAACAAUCCCCUCUACGUGGAUUGUCCUCACGGCCCAUCAACUCCAGCUCCAGAUCCAUUUGCCAUUUGUGAUGGCGUCCUUGAUUACCAUUACGUCAAGCAUGAAAACUACUGCUACCGCUACUUCCAGUGCAUCAGCGGCACUCCCUACCCACUGCUUUGCCACGAUGGAAUGUGGUUUGACGAAUCUCGGCAGCAGUGCGAUCGGCCAGAAUAUGUAGAAUGUGAUGCAACACCUCCUCCAGUCGUGCGACCUCCAGGAAUCGAUGGAAUUUGUAACGAUGUUGUAGAUGGGCACCUCGCUCCUCAUCACACGUUCUGCAAUGAAUUCUUCCUGUGUGUGCGGGAAAUCGGAUGGCCAGUGAUCUGCCCUCCCGGGCUAUGGUUCGACGAAGAGGAACAAACCUGUUCUCUCGGGGGAACCGUCAAGUGCGACCUUGCUCCGGAACGUCCUCCAGUUACUGAGAGUCCGUACGCAAUGUGCAAAGGAAUUCCGGAUUUAGCCUAUGUUUCCGAUCCGAAUUACUGCUAUCGCUACUACAAGUGCGUUAGUGGAUCACCUUUCCCAAUGAUCUGUCCUGGUGACCUGUGGUUUGAUAUGCGCCAGCAGCGCUGUAGGGAUCCUGCUGAUGUGGAGUGUAUAGUAGAAGACGAACCACCGCGUCUCCCACCAACUGCAGGUAUUUGCAAUGGAGUGACCAAUUCCGUACAAGUUCCGAACCCGAGAUCUUGCAACCAGUUCUACAUUUGCGUUGACGAGAUUGGAUUCCCGCAGAUAUGCGGUCCAGGUUUGUGGUUCAAUGAAGACCAGCAGCUGUGUCUACCUCCCGGAGAAACUUCGUGUGACUUGGGACCUCCCACUACGACAACGAUCGCUCCGCAUCCUUGGGCACUGUGCGAUCAGAUCCCGGAUUACUCCUACGUAUCGAACCCCAACUAUUGCUACCGGUUCUUCCAAUGUAUCGACGGUGCACCUUACCCGAUGAUCUGCCGUGGAAAUCUUUGGUUCGAUGAAGAACACCAAAUUUGUUCUGACCCCGACGAAGUGGAAUGUAUCGUAAAUCCGAAUCCACCGAUUGUACCACCGACUCCUGGAAUCUGCAACGGUGCUCGGGAUGGACAACAGGUGCGCAAUCCACGUGCUUGCAACCAGUUCUAUGUUUGCGUCGACCAGAUUGGCUUCUCGCUAGUGUGCCCCGAUGGUUUGUGGUUCGACGAGUUCCAUCAGAUCUGUUCACCGGCAUCGCAGACGUACUGCCCUCUGGCUCCCGAUGUCACAACUCCCUCGCCGUAUGAGCGCUGUGAAGGCGCAGAGAACUACAGUAUGUUGCGUAAUGAUUUCUACUGCUACCGGUACUAUCAGUGCAUAGACGAAGUUGCGUAUCCGAUGAUUUGCCGGCCGGGACGUUGGUUUGACUUUGAGCGGCAGGUUUGCGAUGUUUCAGCGAAUGUACAGUGUGAACUACGACCGGGAAAUCCUGGACCGAUCGUUCCUACGCCGGGUAUUUGCAUCGGAGCCACAAAUGGACGAUUCGAGCGGAACUGGAAUCACUGUAAUCAGUACUACCUUUGCGUUGACGAGGUUGGUUAUCCCCAGAUCUGCCCGGAUGGACUGUGGUUCGAUGAGAAUCGGCAGUCUUGUGAUCGUCCGGAAAAUGUCUACUGCCCGCUGGGAGCGUCGACUCCUGCACCAACUCCGGAAAGUCGUUGCUACGGUGCCCUGGAUUUGUCCUUCGUAUCCAACGACUACUACUGCUACCGCUUCUUCCAGUGUUGGAACGGAGUCCCCUAUCCGAUGAUCUGCAGCGGUGAGCUGUGGUUCUCCGAAGAACAUCAGGAAUGUCGACCACAGAGUGAAGUAUCGUGUGAAGUCAUUGAUCGUCCACCGGUUGUUCCACCGACCGAAGGCAUCUGUACCGGUGUCACCGAUGGACGCCAGGUACUGCAUCCACUGUUCUGCAACCAAUUCUACGUCUGCAUCGACCAAAUUGGGUUCCGGCAACUGUGUCCGUUUGGAAUGUGGUUCGACGAGAGUCGUCAGAACUGUUUCGCCCCUGGCGAGGUUGAUUGCCCGCAUGGACUCAUGCCAACUCUUUCACCGAUCGAAGGCAUUUGCGAUGGAGCUCCAGAGGGAACCAAAAUUCCAAAUCCGCUUGACUGUUCGUGGUUCUACAUCUGCGUGAAUGGUAGUCCGUAUCGUUCACCGUGUGCCGAAGGAAUGGCAUUCGAUAAGUAUCAGCUGACGUGCGUAGCUGAGGAUGAAGCCGUGUGUUCCGACGAGGUGACGACGGUUCCUACUCCCGGUGUUUGCUACGGCAUCGAAGAUCAUACGUUGGUGAGACAUCCGACCAACUGUGCAGCGUUCUACGAAUGUCUGGGAGGCCACGCGGAACCGUCAUUCUGCCCUGCUGGGCAGUACUUCAGCGAGGAGCUGCAGAGAUGCGACGCGGCGGAUAAUGUCGAUUGUUGAUUGGUGGGUUAAGGGUUAAUA